CUAUGUGAUGCUCUUAGUCUAAUGUGAAGUAUCGAAGGCAGCAGCUUGGAGGAGGAACGCAGGAACUUUUUGGAUCACUACCUCCUUACUUCUAAAUUCCUCCUCCAUUAUCCGCAUCUUACACUUUUUUUUGUACUUUCCUAACCUUUUACUUCCUCGGCACUUCUAUCUGCCACCGUCUCCUUCAUCUGUCUAUUUCGGCCCUGCAUCCUCGGCUGUGAGGUGGCAGCGGUUGGCUCUCUGCUGGCUCUGUAUGGCUGAGUAAGUGGUGGGAAAGGGGGACCUUGCUCUGGUGGUUUUUUCCGAGGGUUGCGAAGUUGCAGUCAGGACCGGGACAAACAGGAGGAGGAGGCGGUGGAGGAGGAUGGCAGUGGCUCUGGAAGAAGUGUGGGGGCGGGUGAAGAAUGUCUGCAAGCAGAACGGACUGCUCAUCCUGUCUGUGCUGGCCGUGGUCAUCGGCUGCCUGCUGGGCUUCUUCCUCAGAGGCAAGCAGCUCUCUGAGCAGGAGGUGAAGUACUUUCAGUUUCCCGGAGAGCUGCUAAUGAGAAUGCUGAAAAUGUUGAUUCUACCCCUCGUCGUUUCCAGUUUGAUGUCGGGCCUAGCUGCCCUGGACGCCAAGUGCUCCAGCCGCUUGGGCAUCAUGACUAUUUCCUACUAUCUCUGGACCACAUUUGUUGCCGUGGUAGUGGGCAUCGUCAUGGUAUACAUCAUCCACCCAGGUGGAGCUGCUCAGAAGGAGGACUCAGAGGAGAGCAAGAAACCGAUGACCAGCUCUGCUGACGCUCUGUUGGAUCUCAUUCGCAACAUGUUUCCAGCCAACUUGGUUCAGGCUACGUUUCAACAGUAUCGAACGCAGAGAGUCCCAGAACUUAUUCCCAAGCCGACAGUGGCCCAGCUACUGGAUGAGACCACAACGCGCAGGGUCUACAUCUAUGGCAUCCAGGAUGACAAUGGCACGGACAUCCAGAACUUUUCCCUGGACCUCACACCGCCUCCGGACGUCAUCAUGAAAACAUCACCUGGUACAAGCGAAGGCAUGAAUGUGCUGGGGAUUGUAAUCUUCUCCGCAACCAUGGGAAUAAUGCUGGGAAGAAUGGGACCCAAUGGAAGUGCUUUGGUCAACUUCUGCCAGAGUUUGAAUGAGGCUGUUCUGAAGAUUGUUGCCAUAGUUAUUUGGUAUUUCCCCUUUGGUAUUGUCUUCCUGGUUGCCGGGAAGAUCUUGGAGAUGGACGACCCUUCAGCCAUGGGGAAGAAGCUGGGCUUUUAUGCCAUCACUGUGGUGAUGGGCCUGGUGCUACAUGGUCUAUUCAUCCUCCCAGCCAUGUACUUCUUCAUAACUAAGAAGAGCCCCAUAGUUUACAUCAGAGGCAUUCUACAGGCCCUGCUCAUAUCCUUGGCUACUUCCUCCAGCUCUGCCACUCUGCCUAUCACCUUUAAGUGCCUCCUCGAGAACAAUCACAUCGACAGACGCAUCAUCCGCUUCGUGCUGCCUGUCGGGGCCACUAUCAAUAUGGAUGGCACCGCGCUAUAUGAGGCUGUGGCAGCCAUCUUCAUCGCCCAAGUGAAUAACUAUGAGCUUGACUUUGGGCAGAUCAUCACCAUCAGCAUUACCGCCACGGCUGCCAGCAUCGGUGCAGCUGGAAUCCCACAAGCUGGACUUGUUACCAUGGUGAUUGUGCUGACCUCGGUUGGUCUGCCCACAGAUGACAUCACUCUCAUCAUUGCCGUUGACUGGGCCUUGGAUCGAUUCCGGACCAUGGUCAACGUGAUGGGUGACGCCCUGGCCACAGGCAUCAUGGCUCAUAUCUGCAGAAAAGAUUUUGUCAAAGAGGGAGAGCAGGUGCCUCUGAUAUGUGAGACUAAGCCAAUGAUAAGCAUCCAGCAGAUGAUGACCUACCAGAACCAGAAGAAUGGCUGCUACCAGCCGCCUCCACCGGGCAGCAAGCACGACCACCUCUCGCCAGACGUGGCUCGCCUGAUGCAGCUAGAGGAAGGGAUUCGGCCAGCAGAGAAGAAGAAGCACGCUCACUCGUCUCACCACAAGAGAGAGCACAGGGACAAGGACCACUGUUCCAUUGACAUGAACGGGCUGGAGACUAAUGUAUAGGAGCUGCCGUCCUGCCAACAGCUGCCAGCACAUCCUCGGCUGCAGACGGAGCGGGACUGGAAGAUGCGUCAAAGGGCACAGGUGACUGAGUUCACAUGCUUUUUCCCUCCAAGAAGGAAAGUGGCCUAGAGCGGAUAUGUGCGGGGAGGAAAAAUUUUAAAAAAAAAGACUUUUUUUUUUACAUAACCUAAAGGAUGACCUACAUUUGAUUGUGUAUGUUUGUGUACAUAUUCAUCAGAGUUGUAUAAUCUGGUAGCAGCAGAUUCAGUGUGCUGCUCUGACCCUUUGCGAGGAGUGACAUCAGAUCCGUGAGUGGAAGGAGCAGAAAUGGAGAACGCAGUAGCUAAUAUCAGAUAUAAUUAGUCCUUUGUGGACUACAGACAAAUUAAAAUUGUUUGUGUCCUCUUAUUCUGCUGUGAUUUAAUGGCUCCUGUCAUUGGAAUCUUUAUAAUCAUUAUGAUCUGGUGUGUUAUUAACAGAAUAAUUGUCAGGGGUUUUGUGUAUUUCUUUCUUUUGUCAUUUUAUUCUUCACGAUGGGGCUAAUUGUUGCCUAUUUGGAACAUUUUUCCAGUGACUCAAUAAAGCGAGCAAACGGAGAGACAAAGCGGGGUGAAACGAGGUGGUUGAGCAGCAAGAAGAAAUCUUUACUUGGAUGCAUGUACGCAUCGCUUUUUCACAAUUUCCUCAUAUUUUCCUCGCGCGUUCCGUCUCUUGCCUUGUUGUCCUGAGCCUAAGAGGGUCCCCUGCCUCUUAACUGCAGUACUUAGCGUUCAAGGCAAAACAGUAAUGGAGGUCACAGUGAGAGCAGAGACGAGUGUUUACCCUCGCGCAGCUGUCACGUCCUCUCUGUAUUCCCUCUUUGCCUUAAAAGACCAAAGGAGGAGCACUCGGGACCUGCGCGUUACUGACACGCGCCAGUAACAUGACAACACGUCAACAGUCACAGGUCACACUCUGAACUCUGUC